UCAACAUCUUCUUCCUCAUCCUUCCCAAAGCUCAUUCUGAUUUUGUCUGCUCAGACAACGUUUGGACACGGUCUGCGACCUCUCUGCGACCGCACAAUCUUCCAGUAGCCACUCCUCUCGACUGAUAUUGAAAUCUCUUCUACCUGGUGAAACGGGUCUGCCUGCUAAUACCCGCCGCCGUCUUCCCUCCACCAUGGCAUCAUCUCCUCCUCAAGAUGCUCCUCAAACAACCUCUAAGGCCAGCGAGCCCGGGCCGUCUGUCUCGUCGCUGCCCUUCGGGUACGGGGCGAAGCGCAAGCGUAUCAGUCGAGCAUGUGACCGCUGCAACAAACUAGGCCGCAAGUGUCUGCCGGGUUCUGACAAGAUGUGCCAGUCGUGCGUUGAUUACGGUGACGAGUGCACCUAUGAUCGGCCGAAGGGGAAGCGCGGGGUGAGACGCCGAUUUGUGCUCAUUGACAGCACUAAUAGCAGGCUCCCCCGAAAGCCCUACGACACCUGAAGAAAACCAAAUGCAAAGAACUGCCAAAGGGCCUUGGUCAUGAGCAGAUUCUACACCUCGUCAACGC